UCCCCAACCCCUCUCACUUGUGCACCAGCCCCUGCUUUCUCGUCAUGGGCUACGUGUGUCUAUUUUUACCGUCAGUCCAGCGGGACAUCAGCUGACCCAGCGUACACACGGCCAGGGGCCAAUCUUUCAACUCUAUUCCUCUACUACUACCACCAGAUGUUGUCAGAGAGGAAGUAACUUAACGUGUUGCUCAGUCAGGUGUCAGAUUAUGCCUUAAUUGUUUGUAAUAGUGCGUUUGUGUCAGAUAACCUGAGGGAAGCGACGUACGCCCCCUGAGGUCCCUUCAUUGGAAUUCUUAGCUUCGGGAGAAGGAAUCAACAAUUCCAAGCGCAACCGUAGCAUCUCAAAAGAAGAGUUUCCAUCCACAAGAGUACGUUGGAUCUGCAGUUUGAGGUUACAGCAGUACUUGGACUAAGACAGCUACAUAUUUGGCCAUGGGUGAUGCUAGGACUAGGGUAGACUUUGGUAAAGUCUGUAUACAGAAAGUAGAUUUGCCAUUUCCAACUGAUGAAGAUUUUCUGUCUACUAGCUCCACCAUUGACUCUUAUGAAUCAGAGGAAGAUUUGACUUCAUCUUGUUCUGACUCAGACGAGUCAGUGGAAUUGAAUGGGGAUACCCCAUUAGUCUUCCUAGACACGGAAACAAAUGGAUUAUUUGAUGAAGACGAUCCACUUUACGUUCCAGAGAUGCUACAGAUUUGUUUGAAAUAUAAGAACCGGACAUUUAAUCGUUAUAUUCAGCCAACAUCUGACAUCGAGGAUGAGGCCUCUUAUGUAAAUGGACUGACGAUUAUCAAUGGUAGGCUUUGCCACCAUGGUGAUUACGUUCUGACUGUGGAUCUGUCAGAAUGCCUUCACAGUCUGCUGUUUUGGUUGAAUGAAGUAAAAGAAUCAGCAGGUGGACGCAAACCCAUACUAAUUGCUCAUCAUGGUUUUGGUUUUCACUUUAAGAUUCUUUGCCACACCUUAGACAUGUGCAACCUGCGUGAAGGCGCUUACGAAGUCAUUGGUGGGUUUGCAGACACCUUGGACUUGGCUCGGAAAUUUAUUUCCCAGGAUUCUGUCCGUAACUACCAGCUUCGCUCUUUGGCCAUGAGAUUCUUCAACAUGCAUGUACCCAAUGAAGCCAAAGCACAAGCCAUGGCAGUACAGAAAAUUUUUAUGAACCAUCUCUCUGAGCAUUUUAAUGCAGAAGAGGUGUACACCUACAAUAAUUUCUCCAAUUCAGUCAUUUAAUGCACUCUGUUACUGUGUUCACUUUAACACCUCUGAACUUUUUAUUUAUCUCACUUGUCAGUAGCUGCAUCUAUCCCUGUGCUUCCUUCCCAACAAUCAGUACAAGUCAAAGGAUGAAUGAACAAUCUCACUAAGGUCCAUGCUUGUAUUGAAAAACUUGACUGAGAAUGAGUUGAUGCUGGACUUAAAAGAUAAAUUUACAGCAUCUGUAAUCAGAACCUGAACAGCAUAAAAAAAAAAGAAUUCUUGUGCAGUGGUUACAAGAUUUACUGCUAAAGUAUCUCAGUUUUGAUUUACUUGUAAAGCAAAAGCUUAUAAGAAAAUACUGAGGUUUAUAAAAAUCAGUAUUAAUAUUUUCAGCUUUAAUCUGUAUGUGUGCUUUAGCAUUAAUUUGAUUUUCAGCAGAAAAAAAAGUAAAGGUGAAAUAUGAAGCUGAAGAAUAAAGAUGAAAGAUAAUUUUAGCUUGGUUCAUUUGAAAGAAUCCUGGAUUGUACUGCAGAUAAACAUGGAUAAGUAAUUUCACUCAGUGUGAAUUUGUUUUCCCACCCGUGGCUCCCUACUAACUUCGUCUUGUGAUCAUUCUCACUCAACUGUUUUUUUAACAUCUGAAAAUAAAACAGAUCCUCAUAACCCCUUCUGCUUUGUAGCAAUUUUGUGCAAAAUUAUCCUCUUUGCCCCACUGUUCUAUGAUGUCUGUGUAGAUAUGUUUGCAGAUAUGCAAGCAGUUCUCCUUUUUUAAAGUCUGCACAUCCACUUUUUUUUUUGUUUGUAAGUGUCAAAGAUAAACUAGACUUUUCUCUGUUCAUUUGUACAAACUCUGUAAGCUUUAUAAUCUAGAACUCUGCUUGACAUGACAAAUACUGCAAGUAUAAAAAACAUCCCGUGUUUAUCCAGGUUCUGCCUUACCUAUCUUAUUCUAUCACCCUUGUCAAUAAAGAUUUGUCAUUUGUC